ACCCUUUUCUCUCCUUUUCCUACUUCACCUUCUAAAGGUCCAAACUUCCACUACGGUUCGAUCCGGCGCUCAUCGGCCUUUAAGUGAAAUCUGCAGGCAACCAAGGGACUUCUGAACCAGGAUUUCCAUCAUGGACAAGGUGACAAGAUUGGCCUCAGAGAAAGGGGUGGUGCUAUUCAGCAAGAGCUCAUGCUGCAUGUGUUAUGCAGUCAAGAUCCUGUUCCAAGAGCUUGGGGUGAGUCCUAUUGUUCAUGAGCUGGACCAAGACCCUGAAGGCUGGGAAAUGGAGAAAGCCCUGAUGAGGUUGGGGUACAAUGGUCCUGUUCCAGUCAUCUUCAUUGGUGGAAAGCUGGUGGGUUCCACCAAUGAAAUCAUGUCUCUGCAUCUUAGUAGAGGGCUGAUGCCUAUGCUGAAACCUUAUCAGACUCUGUGUUAAACAAACCCUUUUAAGUAAAACUUCAAAUAUCAAAUUGAAAGAAUAAAAUUGGCUCAAUAGAAGUACUGAUCUCUAGUCAUGAGCUGUGUGUUGUGUAGUCUGUAUUGUAAGCCUUUCUAUGUCUUAUGUGCCUUUUAUCUUUGGAAUAGUUCUCUACCAUGUAUUCAGUUUCUAUUUCUUAAUGAAGUAAACUUAAUAUA